GGCUGGGAGCUGCUCAGUCUGCCUGCUCUCACACUCCCGUCCGGACAGAGAGGGGCUCCUCCGGUACCGAUGAGACCACACAGCCGGGACCAGGGCUGAACUGAAGAAGACGGACCAUCCACAUGCAGUGACACAUCCAGGGGCUUCACACCGACAGCGUCGCGGCGGAGGAACCGUUUCCUUGGCUGUUUUUUUUGACACAUUUUUUUUUUUCUUUUUUUUUGAAAACAAGACGCAUAUCAGAGGGGGGGAAGAUGUUGCUCAAGGAGUACAGGAUAUGCAUGCCCCUCACAGUGGAGGAGUACCGGAUCGGGCAGCUGUACAUGAUCAGUAAACACAGCCACGAGCAGAGCGACCGAGGAGAGGGGGUGGAGGUCGUCCAGAAUGAGCCGUAUGAAGACCCGGCACACGGCCAAGGACAGUUCACCGAGAAGCGAGUCUACCUCAACAGUAAAUUACCCAGCUGGGCUCGAGCAGUGGUUCCCAAAAUCUUCUACGUGACAGAGAAAGCAUGGAACUAUUAUCCUCACACGAUCACAGAAUACACCUGCUCAUUCUUACCCAAGUUCUCCAUCCACAUAGAGACAAAAUACGAGGACAACAAAGGAUGCAAUGACAACAUUUUCGACAGCGAGCUGAAGGACCAGGAGAGGGAGGUGUGUUUUGUCGACAUCGCCUACGAUGAGAUCCCCGAGCGCUACUACAAAGAGUCUGAGGACCUGCGGUAUUUUAAGUCAGAGAAGACGUCACGGGGGAUGCUUCAGGAGGGCUGGAGGGACACCCAGGAUCCCAUCAUGUGCUCCUACAAAUUGGUCACUGUCAAGUUUGAAGUCUGGGGUCUACAGACACGAGUAGAGCAGUUUGUACACAAGGUGGUUCGAGAUGUACUGCUACUGGGACACAGGCAGGCCUUUGCCUGGGUGGAUGAGUGGAUUGACAUGACAAUGGAUGAAGUGAGAGAGUUUGAGCGCACCAUUCAGGAGGCCACCAACCAGAAGAUCGGGAUAUUUCCCCCGUCGAUCUCCAUUAGCGAGACGCCCCUGUCCUCCUGUGCCCUCACCGGCCCUGCCAGCGCCCCCUCCACACCCAUGUGCACUGAUGCGCCCGAGUUCCUCUCCGUUCCCAAGGACCGACCCCGCAAGAAGUCUGCCCCAGAAACCCUUACCCUUCCCCACCCAGCCCCGAGUGAUGUCCCCCAGGGCUCCACUCUGAGCCCACAAACGGUGUCAAACAACCUCCCAUCAGCCACACCCCCCUCCUCCAAUUCUGAUCACGCUGAGGCAGGGGGACAGUAGAGGGACACUGGGAUGCUUUCCUCCACCCUGCUUUACUUGUUCCGCCCACACCAUUGUCUUAGUAGCCCAGUGAGACUAGUCUAAUCUCCACACACCAGUGCCCAGACUUUCAAGUUUCUCUAGCGAUCCCUUGAUGUAGUCAUGAGCACAGACACACACACACACACACACACACACACACACACACACACACACAAACCUCUAAUGUAAAGAACCACUCUACAAUUCUUCAACAGUGUUGUCCUGACCAGGCAGCUGUAGGCUCAACCACGCCAGUGUGGCUGACUUCCUCUUCCGUGAGCUUAACCAAUCAGAUGUCUUAUCUGCUCUUACAACCAACCAUGAUGUCUCAUCACGAUAAAGAGCAUUCACAAGGAUUUUUGUUCAGUCGCUGUCCAUUAUUGUACAUGAAUGAUUCUCAUGGUUUAUUUGGUCAUGUUUAGAAGUUAUGUUUUUUUUUUUUUUUUCCAAUCAAGCUAGCUGUUUACCUUCAAGCUAUUGAAAUAUGAAGUAGUUCCCUUGGCAUCGCAAAGCCAGUGGUUUUAAUUAGUUCUAACCACAUUAGCAAUUGAAUGACUGAUAAUUAUUUUCUGCUUGUCAGUCAGACAUCAGCUAACAGCCAUUUAACUUUAUGAUAUUAUCAAUCAAAAAUGAAGACAAUGGAUAAAAUCAGCAGUACAAAUUUAUGUGGAGUCGUACACUCACACUCUAAAGAGGCAGCCAAGUACCCUCAGAAUGACACCACCCAGUAACUGUUUCAUUGACAGUCCAUCCAAACUGGCCUCAGAUUUGUUUGCACCCAUCCUGUCCAUUCCACACUCCAGUUAUAAAACAGAUGCAAGAUCAGUACAAUCAUAGAGAGAGUUUGCACCUCAGGUCUCCCCAACUCUACUGGGUUCACACUUUGGAAAGGCAGGGACUUAACUGUACUUUCUUUCCCUGCUUAUUGCCAAACAGCCACAUUUUAUACCUCCACCGAUAUUACAAUACAGAAACUAUUGUUAUGUAUUAUUUCAAUCUACUUAGUCCUUGGAACGUUUACACAUUAGCAACCAUAGAACAUUUGCAGAUUAAAGGUAACAUUUUAGCAUAAGCUGCUGUUAUAACUGUGUCUGCAGUUUUUUGAGUAGCAUAACAAUUUAAUAAUAUUACAAUGGAGGUUGUUCAAGUUUUUGUUGCAGAUAUACAGUAUUACUCAAGUUGACUGAAAAGUCAUCACAACAGCAAACUUAAGUAAAAUGUUUCCUGAAACAAAUGCUGGACUCAUGCUCAUGUGACAUAAAUGUGAUCCAAUUUUAUCAAAUCAGCAAAUCACUUUAAUGUCAUAUGUAGGAACAAGGCCAUUUUGGGGAGUUUAAGUGUUGACCGAUAUUAGAGCACAGUGGAGGUAAUGGAAAAAUCACAACUCAAUUUUGGGGAAGGGCACUUGCAUCAAGCUGACUUGAGUAUGUGCUUUGUUAGCUGUGCAUUGAUUGCAUUGUGUUUGCAGAGAUGCUGAUCGUUAUUGCUUGCCAGUGCUGGUAAACACCGAGCCAAUGUUUUGCCGGGCUCGGAAAAAUGAUUUUGAAACCGGAACAUCCUUUGCAGCGACUUCUUUUUUGUGCUUGGCUUGCACUGCUAGUUGCCAUCUAAAACCUUAAGGGGGAAAUGAAUACAGGAGGACAGCAGGUUUUUCUCUGAUGGAAAAUCCCCCCUUUCUUUACAAGGAUGCUAUUCAAAGAAAGGGUUCUUAUAUGCUGCAUGGAAUGUUCACAAACAUAUAUACAUAUUAUAGAAAGUAUAUAUGUAUAUACUGUAAAUGGCUGGAUGCGUAUGUUUGGUGAUGAAAAUGUAUGAAGAAAGUGAAUGCCAACUUGGGAAGCUCUGUAGUAAUUUUUGUACAAUAGAAAGUUUUGAUUGAAACGUAAGCAUGCCCUGAGAGUAUAGGCCUACAAACUCUCUGAACUCAGUGCCUCUGCAUGCAACAACUGUAUCGUCUCCUACAUGUAUGUAUACCAAAAUUUCUUACUAUAUUUCAUCUACAAAAACACAAACUUUUUGUGUUACUUAACCUAUUGUUUUUAUCUCAAGUUUGCUAAUCAGUUUAUUGCAUUUUUACCAAGAAUAAAGAAGGCUGCAGCCUCACAUAGCCAAGGCCUACUACCAAGACAGAUCCGCUCAGUCAUAUCAAACCACAUAAUCAGACUUUCCAUUUAACAGGGCUAGCUUGCUGAUGUUAUAUUUUAGGAAACAUAAAUAUUUUUUCCCCGUUCAUAGCAGUUACUUUUACCUGUAAAGUUCAAAUGCAUUUAGCACUUUCCAAUCUUUGACACCUUAUUUGACAAUGAAGGAAUGUGUUACAGUACAGUCAAGUUCUUGUUAGGUUAUGUUGGACCAAAGUCCUAUUCUAUUGCAUAGUAAUUUCAAAAGCUGGUUGAAGAGAUAGUCCUCAAUGGUCUCGCCAUCAAAUAUUGUCAAUAUUCUGUACAAAGGGUUCUCACUUACUUUUGUUUGAAAAGAGAAAACAAAAAAACAGAACUGUAGCUAUUUAUCUGUAACUGUAGCUUUUGUCUUUGCUGUUUUGCUGAUUUAAUUUCUUUUAAGGAUACAAGUUUCAUACACCAGUUAGUGGCCCUCUAUACUGAUGUAAUAUGUAUAGAUUAUACAUAUUUAAAACUCUGGUAUUGACCAUCGCUCUUGUCAGGAACACAGAGAUCCAGGGAUAUGUUUGAUCUACAACGGGCUAUUAAAAAUAAUGCAAAAUAUCCGACUGUGUAACAUCAAGCUCUGCUCUGUUUGACAGAGUCAUAUAUUAGAUAUUGUAAUACUGUUGUAAAUGACUAACAUUGGUUUCUUACACUGAAUCUGUUCCAAGUUCCAUUACAGAUAUCAUCACAUGAAUAUAUUUAUAAAGAUUUCAAGUGGACAAAGAAGGAUAUUCUUUAGUAUUUGUGUAAUGGAUGAUGUGAUUUUACAUCUUCAAUUUCACAGCUAUGGAUAUGUUUUAUUCUAGAGGUAGCCGUAAUAUGUGUCUGAAUCUCUAUGAAAUCAUCAACCAUUCAGGAUGCUGAGUUCACACUCCUCAGUCGGGAAUUAAGACUCCUCAUUGUAGUGGUGCACUUUUGACUCUCCAGUUGCUUUUUGGUGACCCUGCAGGACAAAAUUCUUUGUAAAAGUUGUAAAACAAAAGCUUUUCUUUCGAGUUGGGUGGCUGCUUUGACGUUUAAUUGCCAUGUUUUUUCAGAGGUGAUUGGCUUUUCAGUUGUAACUUUUUUGUAGUAAACCUGCUGUAACUUUGAUUUUGUGGUUGCUGUAUUUUUUUUUUUUUUUAAGGAAAAUUUAAAUUUGUGCAUCAUUAUUUCUCUGGAUAAAAGGACCAAGCUUUUCACUCCCCUCCCCUCCUCCUGAUGCAAUUUGCGUUUUGCCAGGCUGUUGUGCUGUCUCCUGUUAUCUGAAGUGCCAUCCUUGUUCGGCUGCUGGAAGUCGCUCUGGGUUCUUCCACUUUAACUAUUAUUAUAGUUGUUAUAUUUUUACUGCCCUUUGAGGUUAAUUUGGUUCUCUGUUGUAAUUAUUGUUUCACUAUUUUCUGAAAUAGACAAAUAAAGUUUACUUGCUAUUACAAUUUA